AUGGCAGAUUGUGUUUUUGAUCAAAUCUACAAAGAUUACAAAGAACUCAAAAAUUGGUCUGGGUUAUCUGAUGAAACGUCCAGGAGAGUAUAUGAACAUCAAAGUUGUUCUUUAGAAGAUGCACGUGACAACAUUCCAACGGACGAACGUGAGAACAAUAACGCAUCCAGUGACCCAGCUGCUUUCGUUGUUAUAUAUGGUUGGAUAUAUCCAUCUAGCGAGCCUUUCAAUGGAAAAAAACUUCCGAUACAAAUACGACUGGCGAAAGCAUACCCUUUUUUGCCACCUGCAGUAUACAUGGGAAUUCAACUUCGCCAUCCGAAUAUUGAAAAGAAUGGUAGAAUAUGUAUCGAACUACUAAAUCCAGAAACAGAAUCUGAAUACCUGUCAUUAGUUAAGGUUGUGGAAGCAGUAGUUAAACUUAUGGACGAGCCUGACACUGACUCUUCGAUUGAUACUGAGACCGCUGCUUUGUAUCGAGACGAUCAGCCCCAGUACAAUCGGAACAUAAUGGCAGCAGUGAAUACGCCGGUUUCUCGGUAA